UUGGUCGUUCUAGGUGUCAAGUGCCAAAAUGCUCUCACUUGGCUUGCAGCCAUCUCCGGACGAGUUGUCGCGUUUUGACCAGAUAGAUCAACGUGCGCCUGCAGGCUGCACCAGGGGACUAUUGCUCGCCGCUGCGUAGCGUCGCACGCUGCAGCGCACCAGAUUGAAGCACUCUGCACGCUGCAGCGCACCAGUGAAGCACUCUGCAAGCUAUGCGGGCGUUGCAAUGCGUAGUACGACUGGCACUGCUUGCACCGCUUGCGGACGCACUGCUGGCGCCGCCGCCGCGUUUCACUCGUCGUCGCGGGUCGGCGCUCGCCGCGGCACCGGUGGCAGGUGCGUCCUCGAAGGUCUUUGCCGCCGCGACGGGUGCAGUGUCACGACUGGUCGUCACGACGGCACUCGGUGCCGCGACGGUGAAAGCGAACAUCGUCACUCCGGAACAGAUCAACGGCCUCGCGAAGGUCGUCUACAACUUCUUCCUGCCCUGCUUUCUCUUUACCACGUUGAUUCGCACGGUGGCUACCUACGGUCUAUCACCCGAGUUACUGCUGCUGAUGCCCUUCGCGGCCUGCGCGCAAAUUGCGAUCGCAUUCCUCGUCUCCCGAUUCCUACUGGUGCCGCUUGUCGGCGUGAAGCCGCGGUCGGCCGCGGCAAGAGAACUGACCCUGUCCGGGAGCUUCGGCAACCCCGGCGUUCUCCCGUUGCUCUUCUUUGACGCGUUGUUCGCCGGCGCGCGCGACGCGUCGCUCCUGCCGCGGCUCGUCGCGCUGACGUCGUUUUAUCUGAUCGGCUUUACGCCCGCGUUCUGGGCGCUCGGUAACGCGAUCCUCGCCGACGAUGAUCCAGAUGCGGCGUGCUUGGUCGUAAGCCCCGACGAGUGCGAGGCGGAGACACGAGUGGAUCGGGCGAAGAAGGCGCUAACUGCUCUGCUGAAGCCGCCGCCGGUCCGUGCCGCGCUGGGAGGUUUAGCCGUGGCGGCAUGUACUCCGCUGAGGGAUGCCCUCGUCGGCCCGAACGCGCGCCUCGCAAACGUCUUCGCCGCUCUGACACGUUUCUCGGGGGCCUACCUCCCGUCGGCGUCGUUGGUACUGGCCGGGUCGCUCAUUGCCGGCGGCGGCGGAGACGACGACGACGCGCCGCCGGGUCUGAGACGUAUCGUCGCGCUCUGCUUGCAUCGGUUUUGUCUCCUCCCCGCGCUCGGCGCCGGUGCUUUAUUUGGCCUCGCGAAGGUCGGCCUGUUCCCGGCGGUGCACAAAUCAAUUACGCGGGCGUCUCUGCACGUCAUCGACGCGACGCCGAUGGUUUUUCGCACAGGUUCCCGGCGCCGCGCGCGUCGCCGCUCGUUUGGUUUUUCCUUCUCACGCAAUUCGCCAUGCCCCCGGCACAGAACACUGUAGUGAUGUUCCAGCUCCGAGAUAACCCAAAAGGAGCGAAGCGCCAGGCCCGGACGCUGCUCGUCGUCUACGCGGCGGCCGUCGCGCCGCUCGCGUUCUUGUUCAACGCGUACCUGACCGCGUGCGGGCUGAGCGUAUAAGUCUAACACUAGAAUAG